AAUGGGAUACAUAGUGUCCCUACACGUCUAAUAGGGAGCCGUUGAGAACGCAGCCUUACUGACUAUACCUUGAGUAGGAUUAGAGCUGUCAACACUACGACUGCUACAGACAAAAGAGCAAUGUAUAAUAAAAUGUUUUCACCUAGGGUUUUGAAGUCAGUAGCAUCCCUGACAUGCAGGGCGUUUUCCCAGCAGGGCAAAGCUCCUGAUAUGGCUGAGGGAAACGCAUACUUGCUUGUGACCAAUGUACGCAAUCGGCUGAGGCAGAUCGUAGGAGCAUCAACCAACUGGAAUGAUCAUCAGCAGGCCAUGGCUGAGAGAAUCUCCCUGAGUAAACACCUCGCUAACAGUCAGGAGGAACUUCCUGCAAAGACGAUGAAGGAGAGUGAGAUUGAGGUGCAUCUUCCUUUAGGGACUCAGCCGUCACUCCGGGAGAAAUACCUCAACUUCCACAACAGCGUCAGGUUUGGUCGGAUUUUGGAGGAUCUUGACAGUAUAGCAGUGCUCAUCUGUUACUCUCACACGUGGAAUAAGGAGCUGGAGAGAUCACCUCUGUCUAUCGUCACCGCUCUGGUGGACAAAAUCGACAUGCGAAGGAACAUAAUCUACCCAGACUGCGAUAUUAAGUUCACAGGUCAUGUGACGUGGGUGGGAAAGACGUCAAUUGAAGCCAAGAUGCACAUGACACAGUUCCACGAUGGUGCUUACACUCCAGUGUUAGAUGCUACGUUUGUGAUGGUCGCUCGAGAUCCAGAAAAUAAAAGGGCAGCGUUUGUAAACCCACUGAAGCUGGAGAACCCGGAGGAGGAGAAGAUUUUCCAACAAGGAGAGAUUAACAAGAAGAGGCGUGUGGAGUUGAGCACAGCCUCUUUACUCAAGGUGGCUCCUACAGCGGAAGAGAGGACGCUUGUGCACAGCCUGUUCCUCAACACACUCGACGCGAAAACUGUUAGCUUCCGGAGUCGAAUCCUUCCCCCCAACUCUGUGUGGAUGGAGGACGCUAAGCUGAAAGGCUUGGAGAUCUGCCAUCCGCAGGAAAGGAACAUCUUCAAUCGGAUAUUUGGUGGUUUCCUGAUGAGGAAGGCGUAUGAGCUGGGCUGGGCCAAUGCCUGUGCAUUUGCAGGUUGUAGGCCCAUUCUGGUUGCGGUGGAUGACAUCGUGUUCCGCAAGCCGGUGGAGAUCGGCUCCCUGCUGCUGUUGUCCUCACAGGUGUGUUACACUGAAGGACACCACGUUCAGGUCAGAGUUCACACCGAGGUGCUCGACCCUUUGACCCGGCAGCACAACACUACCAACGUCUUUCACUUCACCUUCCAAGUGGAGAAUCCCAUUCCAGCUGUGGUACCGCAGAGUUAUGGAGAGUCCAUGCUCUACCUGGAUGGGAAAAGACACUUUGAGGAGGCGAUGAAGAGCCAGUGAACAACAUUCUGCAUAUGUUCUGUCCAUAAAAGAAGAUUUCUUGCAGUGUAAUGCAAUGCAGCCAAAAACAAAAGGAAUGUACCUGCUCUUUUUCAGAGCGGAUUUUAUGUUGGAUACGUUCUGUUUUUUAUGUAUGUGUAUACUUUGUUCAUUUAUAAAUAUAGUUUCAAAAUAUUCAAAUGAAAAUAUUUAUACUCGUAGUAACAUUGAACAUACUCGACAUUUUUUACACUUGUACAUUUACGCACAGGCUCUCACAACAAAAGCAGAUGUUAAGUGUAUUAGACUAUUUACUGUGUGUAUUGCAUGUUUUAUUAAGUCAUUAGGAGACAUUUUGUAUUUUAUAUCACCAUAUGGAUAUGCUGCUGAGUGUUUUCUGUAACCAAAGUAUCUAGCAAAGUCUUCGUCCACUACACUGCUGGAAGAUUUAGCAGAAAGGAUUUGCUGGAGUCCUUGUUACUGUUUAAACAGUAAAAUUAUUUGCACCUUUCAGCUCCAUAGUAUUUUUCUCCAAAUUUCUAAUCUCACUCCUUUUCCAAUUCAUGAAAGCUGUGUUAUGUGGUUGUUGCCUUGUCUGUAUAUUACAGCACAAAUGCUUAGCAACCUGGAAUUACUGCAAGGACUAUGAUAGCUAGCAGUUGACAGAAGGGACGAAGCGAGGAAGCAAUACGAGUUUUGAACACGUUGUGUUAUGAGGAUCUUAAUCAGUGAUACCAGUAAAGAACAAAACUUCAAGUGCACUUAUUCACCAUUCUGAGAAUAAUGUUACUUUGGCCUGGAAGGGUGUAAACACAAUAAACUGAAAGUUUCACGUUCUUAGCAUGUGCACAUCAUGUAUACAUCAGCUCUAUUAAGUCGAACAAACAUUCUCAAUGUAUAUCAGGUUUUUUUUUUUUUUUUUUUUUUGCUAUAACACAAGUAUUUGUUGUGUAUUUCUCAAAUGUUCAUGUUUUUAUGUUAAGCAGCCUUUUAAUAAAGUCUAAUCAAAGAUA